UCGAACCACGCGAGCUCUGCGUCCCAUUCCAAUACCAUAUAUCGAGGUUUAGAAGUUGUCAAGUCACUGCUGGUUCGCUUGCAAUGGCACACGUCGUAGUGCUCGCGAUUUCCGUUGCGUUUUUUCGAAUGACUUCCGCAUCGGUGGCUAGUGGAAGCACAACCUAUGACUGUGACGUCAGAGAACACAAAGGACCUCAACCGGUUUCUCUCAAUGUUACAUUCCCUCCGUACAUUGCAUUGGGAGAGAAAGCCAGCGUCAUUGUUACGGCAACAAGCAACGUCGAUCAAUGCAUUGUGGUCAAAGCAGGUCUACAAGCCACACAGAACUUGAAUAUAGUCUCGGCACCUUGCGACAUCUAUGCUUGGAUAUGUCGGCUCUCGGGCACCGCAUCGUUCGUCUUCAACGUAGUCCCAUUUGCUGCUGGAAUCGGCAUGCUCACUGCUACCGUGGAAUACGAUCCCGAAUUUGCUUCGUACGCUCCGGGCAGCAAUGUGUAUCCUCACACGGGUGUAGACAUGGCUGCUGUGUCUCUGAGUAUUAGGCCAGGAGGAGUGGUGGUGCCCGUGACAAUUACGUACCCAAUCUGCGCUGAAGAACGACUGAUUGGACUAACGUCUCCAGUGCAGGUGGGAGUGGGUCCAAUUAGAGUCCGCGUAGGGAGGUCCCUCUGCGAUACGGCAACGCUUCCUGGCUUCCCAGCAACGGGUCACGUGUACUCCACAGGUGAUCGUAUGCCGAGAAGGGGCUACAUCGACGUUGACCCUGCUCUGACUAGUCUAAUGUUUUCUUACGCUGAAGGAACAUUGGCGUACUUGACGGUGAAUGCGUAUCUUUACAAUUACACCCAAGCCACAGGACAAGACAGCUACCAGUUCAAAGAAAACCUUAUUGCAGCUUAUGAAAGGCAGAAGGCAUUCAGGGCCAGAGACGGUUCCUACGGAAGCUAUAGUGGUGCCGACAACGAAAGGAGUGUCUUUCUGACAGCGUUCGCCGUACAGGCUCUGGCAGAUGCGUCAAGCGUCAUGAAUGACCCCACUGGUAUCAGCGACGCCGAAAUCGCUCAAAGCAUACAGUAUUUGAAAUCCCUACAGGAUCCUUCCACAGGUUGCUACAGGGAAACGGGUCAAGGAAAUCCUUCAUUUACGAGUCCGGCGCAUUUGACUCUGUACGUGGGGCUGUCGGUUAUCAGAGUGAGAGAAAAAGACUACGACUUCUACAAGAGCGUCGCGCAAUGUGUGGAAGCACAACCCACGCUCAACAAUCACUCGUUGGCAAUGUACGCCUUCCUGUCUGCAAGAAUAGGAGAAGAAGCCAAGGCCUCUGAACUCAUCGGCACACUCCUUGCUAAUGCUGACCAUUACUAUUACUACACCUACUGGUCUGCCAGUACAUACAACGAACAAGUGGAAACUGCUGGAUACGUCCUACAUGCCAUGUUCCAGAUUGGCCAGGACAUGACACCCGCGGCACCAGUGUCGGAGUACUUGAUUGAACAGCUGAACGUCGGUGGAGUAACGCCCUACACGGAGGCGUAUGCUGUUGGGAUCCAUGCGCUGUACCACUACAUCUUGGAGACCACGUACAGACCUCACGUCUCGAUGAUGCUCACUGUAUCCGCUGCUAACGGCUAUAGCUCCCCUCGUUCGGUCGACUUCACCAUAACUGAUGAAAAUAAGUUCAUGUACCAGCACCGAGUCCUCGAAAACUCAACUGCGACGGAGUUUCUAACCACGAUUCGUCCAGGAGGGAUUGGCUGUGCUGUUAACUUUGUCAAAUAUAGCCUCAACGUGAACAACUUGCCACCAUCGAACACCUUUCAAGUGAACGCAACGACCGUUUCACCAAGCGAUUGUUCAGCGGCAGAUGUUACCAUCUGUGCCUGGAAUACGGAGUAUUAUUAUGCCAAGACGGUCGUCAUUGAUAUCACACUCCUGUCUGGAUAUGCCGUUGACGUUGCUUCCCUGCAGGGUCAUCUUUGUAAUGGAGCCGUCCAAGCGUAUGCAGUUGGUGCCAAUUCACUACUGAUUCUGCUAGAGGUGAUUCCGGCAGGCAGCUGCUUCCGCUUCCGCCAGAACCGGAUCACUGUGGUUGGCAAUUUGCAACCGGCUCCAGUGACCGUUACGGACUACUAUAAUAGCGUGAACAAUGUCUCCGCACUAUACACUGCUGGGGACAACUGUGCUGAACCCAACCGGAUGCUCGGUAUGGGUGGCUCCUCCACCUUUGGCGCAUCAAUGAAAUAUGGCAAACCAUAUUCUCCUUAUUAAUAUUAUGCGUGAGGCGUUAAAGACCUUGUGGAACAUUAUUAAAAUGUAGUGAUGCUGCCUGUCUGUCGUUGGAGGUGGGAAAUAAAUCGUUAGCUC